AUGAGUGGAUGGGAAAGUAAUAGAACGUCAGUAAGGAGAUAUGAUCGAGGCUAUGAUCACAGAAGAGAAAAUAGGAGGGAAAGAGACAGUCAAUUUUAUAGACGUUCUAAUAGAUCAUUUGGAGAUAAUUGGAAUAAUGAUUCAAAUACACAAAACUAUCAUGACAAUUCAUAUAGAAAGAAUAAUGAAAAUUUGGACGAUGCAAAUGAACUUGUUAUGUACAUUGAUACCAACAAUAUUGGAAGACUUAUUGGAAGAGGAGGUAGCAAAAUUAAAGCUCUACAAGAAGAAAGCAAUGCUAUGAUUAAUAUUGACAAACAGUGUGCUGAAAAUGGACAGACUCCUGUAAGGCUAACCGGUACGGAUGAAGCGCGACAACGAGCUAAAAGUUUAAUAGAGGAAUUAUUUGAUAAUGUGCAAGAAAAUACAGAAAUUGCGCAAAGAAUGAAACCUGAGGAGAAAAAGGAAGAAAUUGAUUGGCGCAAUUUCGAUUGGGGCAAGGCUAAUGAAGAAUAUGAGGAACGUCAGAAGCAAAAGUGGGCAACUUUGCCUCCAAUUAUAAAAAAUUUUUAUAAGGAAGAUUCAGAUGUUGCUAAUAUGUCGAAGACAAAAGUAGCUUAUAUUAGAAAAAGUAAUAAUAAUAUAGAAGUUAAGCAUGUUUUCGAAAAUGAAGGAGGCUCCGAUGAAGAAAUAAAAAUACCAAAUCCUAUCGAAACUUUCGAACAAGCUUUUCAGGAAUAUCCAGAUAUCCUUAAAGAAAUACGAAAACAAGGAUUUGAAAAACCAAGUCCUAUACAAUGUCAAGCAUGGCCUAUUCUUCUGAAUGGUCAAGAUCUCAUUGGAAUAGCGCAAACUGGAACAGGUAAAACUCUUGCUUUUCUACUACCUGCCUUGAUUCAUAUUGAUGGACAAGUAACUCCACGUGAGGAGCGUACUGGGCCAAAUGUGCUCGUUAUGGCACCGACAAGAGAAUUAGCACUACAGAUUGAAAAAGAAGUAGGAAAGUAUUCUUAUCACGGCAUUAAAGCGGUAUGUGUAUAUGGUGGUGGAAAUCGCAAGGCUCAAAUCAAUACUGUAACGAAGGGUGUGCAGAUAGUAAUUGCAACUCCUGGAAGAUUAAACGACUUGGUUCAAGCAGGUGUAUUAGAUGUAUCAGCUGUAACGUAUCUUAUACUUGACGAAGCAGAUCGUAUGCUGGACAUGGGUUUUGAACCACAAAUUCGUAAGACUCUCUUGGGUGUGCGACCAGAUAGACAAACUGUUAUGACAAGGUAA